UAAUUUUUAUGUUUACCUGCAUUAAUGGAAGUUAAUCCACCCAAAUACAUCGAAAGUCUCUUUCCUCCUGCAGAAUUGAGUAUGGCUAACUGUAGCAAGGUAGACAAUCUUGGCUUUGGAGAGCUGAAGAAGGCCUGGGCUCUUAGCAGGCUGGAUCUUUCUCGUACACGCAUUGAUUUCCACACACUACAGCUUCUGUUGCAACAUGCAGGCCAACUUCGUCACCUAAGUCUUAGUAACUGUACCCAACUGGACAUGGAUGAAGUGGCUCUGACACUUGCAACAUUCAGUCGUGGUUUGAUAUCAUUAUCUGCAUGGAAGACUCGUGGAAUCACUACAAGGGGUCUUCGUGCUCUCGCCUGCAUACCAACACUCCAAGAUCUGGAUCUUGGCUGGGCGCUCUCGGGAGCAAUAACAGAAGGAUUAGGAGAGCUUGUAAGAGGAUGUAAAGGCUUAAGAAGACUAUAUCUUACAGCCUUGAGAACAUUAACUGAUAAUGAUUUGCACCAGCUGACCACUCAUGCAGGACAGUUAACUUGGUUAGACAUAAUGGGGACAAGAAAUGUAACUCCAGAAGCUGUUCACAGCACUGUCCUUUGCACUUUCAUAGGACCCAUGCUUAGAAAAACGAAAUUAGGCCAAAUGACUGUAAAAAAUAUUGCUUCAAAGCUGUCAAAAUCUUGAGCUGUUGGAUGUGGGUUUUUGUGAGCAGAUCCAUUCCACUUUUGUACAUGAGUGGGCACUUCAGUUUCCCAAAGUUUCCAUCAAGGGAGGACUUCGGCAUCAAGUUCGCAUUGUCUAGUGUCUUAUAUGGCAGCUUGGUGUAUACAGUAUUUAUUUUUCUUGGACACCUAAUAAACAAAAGAUAAGAAGACUGUAGUUCCUGUAAACACAAGCAUGGCAGCAUCUGUGGUUAACAUUUUCUUUGCUAUAGUUACUUUUCUCCAGUAACUUAGUUAAUAAUGUAAAGCAGCACUUAUAUUUUAAAUAUGUUUUGGUUCUGCAUGAAAACAUUUAGGAAUUUGAAGAUUAUGCAUUCACAGGCAGUAAAUGUAUUAUAAGAGUAAGCAUAGUGCAGAAAGAAUUAACAAAGGUCAUUCUUUCCAGGGAUUUCUUUGAAAAGAGUUUCUCCUUUAACUAGGAAGGGCAAUACAUGUAUUGUUUUUACAGGAUCUUCCAUAGAUAAUAAGAUGUUCAAACUAUACAUUAUAUUUCUUGAGUAUUGGAAGUCCUUGGCAAUUUUUCUCAUGCAUUGUCCAAAACCAUUCUGGACUUUUAUUUAUAAAUAUGCAGGGAUGUUUUGCUUCUUUAUAGUGUUUUCAUUGUAGCAUUGUAGCUGAGGAAAUACUGUAUUUUUUCAUUAUUCCUACUGGAACCUCUGCCCUUCCUGAGGGCAGCCUUGUCUUAUAUCCUCCUCAGACUUUUUUUUUUUUUUUUUUUUUUUUUCAACAAGUCGGCCGUCUCCCACCAAGGCAGGGUGACCCAAAAAAGAAAGAAAAUCCCCAAAAAGAAAAUACUUUCAUCAUCAUUCAACACUUUCACCACACUCGCACAUUAUCACUGUUUUUGCAGAGGUGCUCAGAAUACAACAGUCUAGAAGCAUACACAUAUAAAGAUACACAACAUAUCCCUCCAAACUGCCAAUAUCCCAAACCCCUCCUUUAAAGUGCAGGCAUUGUACUUCCCAUUUCCAGGACUCAAGUCCGACUAUAUGAAAAUGCACACUGGUGGAAAAGUAGAAGGAAUAAACUGGAGGUUGGCACAAACUAGAAAAAAACAGGAUUAGUACAUUAAUGGUUACUGAAUAGAUAAAAUUAGGAUUGACAUUCCAAAACUUUUGAUUCUGGAUAUUUCACUCAAGACACUGUUGAUCAAGUCAAAAGAUUUUAUAUGAAGAUAAAGUAUUACCCAAACAAUCCCACUUAACAUUAUUUUGUUAAUGAUUCAUUAAUCCUUAAAAAUAUGAAUAUAAAUAACUUAGCAUACACAGACCUAUAAAAAAAUUCUCAUGAAACAAGCAACAAACCAAUUAGUAAUCAUAAAGUUACUUAAUGCAGAGAAUGCCUUAAUUUCAGUUGAUAUUGUGCUUAGAACUGACUGAGGUUUAUCAAGUCUUCAGAAAACCCCCAGAAAACUUAAAAAUACCUGUACUUAAAUAUACCAUCUGGAGAGGGGAGGAGAGGUCAUAUUAUAUGCAGCAAAGAUAGGAAAAUGGGAAGUCAGGUCACAGGGAGUGUUGUGCAGGGAGGGUUUUGUGUGGGAAGGUUACUUAGCAGUAAGCGUGCAAGAGCCUUUCAUUUCAGAAAGGCUUGUUUGGAUAGGACUGAGUACAUUUUAAUCCUUUCAGGGUCCAGAGGCCAAAUUUCAAAGUGUGCACCAGUGUCCAAGAAUUUUCAAAAAAUAAUUUGUUAUUUUUUCUUAUGAAAUGGUAGAGAAUCUUUUUCUGAAGGUAAUAAAACAAAAAGUACCAAAUUUCGUGGAAAACUGACGAAAUUAUGCUCUCGCGAAUUUUGAUGUGUCAGCGAUAUUUACGCAUCAGCGAUUUUGCUGACUUUGACUCCCAUUUUAGGCCAAUUACAUUAUUCCACUCGACCAAAUUCUUGGUUAUUUCAGUAGUAUUACUUCUAUACUAUCGACUGAGCUCAAGAAAUCGCCAAAUCAACUGUUUCAACUACAAAAUAAUGUGAUUGGAAAUUGAUAAUUUGGCCAAUUUAGUGCAAAGUUCAAAAUACAUAUUCCAAUUUCAAAAUAGGGUCCAGAAUAAACAAUGCAAUCAUUCUUGGCACUAAACUAACAUUUCCUCUAUUCAUUAGUUAUGUUUUCAGGCAUUACAAAUUAAUUCCA